AUGGCUCGAGCUAGACCGCCGUCUCCUGCAAAGCCAUGCACUUCAUGCUAUUACUUCCGCCCUGAGGCGCUCACAACCCACAUUACUUACAGGUAUGCAGCCAACCCCAGCAAGAGAGUGCCCAUCAUGCCCACAGCCGGAACCACAAUUUCACCAGCAACGCCUUGCGAAGCCUCACUGCUCGCACUGCUGGCCGCGCUGCUGACUCUGCUGCUCACCACACUCGCCGAGCUAGAUGCGCUGUCCACCACCGAGCUGGCCGAGCUGAUUAUCGAUGAAGCAGAGGCCGCUAUGUCGCUGGCAUCGGCCGAGGCGGUGAUGCUUGCGGUCGAAAGGGAGGAGAGCUGUGAGGAGACGUCGCUGCUAAUCGAAGAAAGGAGGGAUGACGCGUCUGAGCUAACAGACGAGAGGAUGGAGGAGAUAUCUGUGGGAACGGAAGAGACCACGGAUGCGGCAGCUCCGGCAGCUUGGGCGUGGACGGUGUUGGCGGCGGUCAGGAGUGCUAACAUUGACGCUGGGAUAUUCAUGUUCGCAGUGUGUUGUCGCUCCGUGGGCACGUACGAUGAGUGGUAUCAACCCAAAAAAGCGUCGCGUGGUCCAGACGUCUUCUUCUGUGCGAAUGAGGGCGUGUGGUGA